CCCAACAGUAUAUAACUUGGAUGUCUCAGGUGCCUAAGCAACACAAACGUUCAGCCUCUCUCCUGAAAACCAUGAAGUUUACGUGUUUCCUGCUGGUGCUUCUGGUGGCAGUGGCGGUGGUUUCCGGCGAGCCCCACUUUAAAGGCAAAGGGUUCGGCAAGAAGGGAGGUGGAUUCCAUGGAGGUCCCAUACACGUAGUACACCAGCCCGUGUAUUACCCCGUCCACUACGGCGGUUAUGGGGGAGGAUACGGACACGGCGGAGGAUACGGACACGGUGGAGGAUACGGACACGGCGGAGGAUACGGACACAGUGGAGGCUAUGGAUAUGGCGGGGGCUACGGACACGGCGGAGGCUACGGACACUUCGGUGGCUAUGGGCGUUGAGCUCUUAACAAAGAAACACCACUACGACGGGUCUCCUAGCGGCAGUUCAAGAUAGUGGCCAAAUCAUUAGUCAUUUUCGCCUAUGACUAUUAAUACACUGGACAAUCACACACACACACACACACACACACACACACACACACACACACACACACACACACACACACACACACACACACACGUUAUAUAUUUUAAAUUAUUGAUACAAAAUAAAGCGCUAUACAAUAAAUGAUGCAUUUUAUAAUACACCUUUCCUCAUCGAAGUCUGGUGAAACAAAAUCGGGUUAAGAGAAACAAUCCAAGAUGCAUGAGCUUUUCUUAUCAGGUGAGGAUCACACGGAUAUUCGCUGUUUGUACACACACUCCUCUAAAACAACAUCAACCACAAUAACCCUCGCUCCAUUGCUGUAUUGAAGGCAGCCAGAACUAACAAGAUGCGGGUAAUCAACGGAAGAAAUAUGUCCGCGUUAUAAACAACUUUGUACAUUAAGUUCAACAACGGUUUCGACUGAAUGGUGGACAUCUGGAGCGAGCCCUUUACGUUUCCUCUUCCUUUUCUCAUAUUUAAGUCAAAAUGGUUGUAAAUCCUAAAAUAUUAUUUUACCUUUCAAUAAAUGUGAUCAUCAU